CGAGAUGCACAGCAACAGAAGAUUCACUGGGCUGAGAAGUCAUACGACUGAACAUCCAAUUGCCACAUGCCGCCUGUUUUGCCGCUGCAUAGCUGCGCAUAGCUCAAGUUGCCCAGUCGCCGACAGACACCUCGGCCCUGAACCUCGGCCCAACCUUCAGUGCUGUGGCUCACGCUAUCACGUCGUCCACGGCCAGCAUAGCACCACCACCGUUAUCCAGCGCAUUUGCGCCCUACACCUCCCGCACACCCGCUCGCAUGACCGCGAGCACCGUCGAUACAGCGUUCACAUUCAGAUUCUAGAUACCCGCAGUAGCACAAGUAACCCAGCGCCGAUUGUCUGGAGCCCGACCCGCGGAAAGCGUACAUUCAUCCCGUCUUCACGUUUGCAUUAGAGAUACCCUGUCAAUGCCCCAAUGCCUUCCGCCGACUUCGCUGCCGCCCAAGAACGCCUAGCCGCCCGCCGCGCCCAGCGCGCCCGCAAACUCCCCUCCUCUGCACCGCCCACCACACGCCUCCCGCUCGGUUCCUCCAUCCUCUCCAUAUGGGACGCGAUAAAAGGUCGCGAAGGCACCCGCCCGGCCUUCCGCGUCGGCCAAGUCGACGCCGAGCUUCUGGAUGAUGAGCUUCUCGGCCUGCUUAAGGGGCAGGUCGGCGAAGGCCUCAAAUACUUUGGGCAGAACAUUGCGGAUGCGUGGGCGCCUGAGAUUCUACUUGCGCUCCGCGUGGUGUUGUUCAAGCUGAGCAUCUGGAACAACAGUGCGAGUUACGGCGCGCAUUUGCAGGGCCUGCGGUAUACCGACGCGCGCAGCACGGCGCCCGACCGGCCGCCGCCUGCGAAGUGGCAGAAGAUUGCUUACGGGGUGGUGACGGUGGGCGGGCGGUAUGCAUGGACAAAGUGGGAAGAAUACCUUCUCGCAGCUUCAGAAGACUACUCCCGACCACAGUCCGAGACUCUGAGCCUGGCAAGCAGAAUAACGGAAUACCUCGAUUCAGCGCACGACAUCGCCUCCCUCGCCUCCUUCCUUGUCUUCCUCGUAAACGGGCGCUACAGAACCCUCACCGACCGCGUGCUCCGCCUCCGCCUGACCCCAACAUCGCACUCCACCUCCCGCGAGGUCUCUUUCGAGUACCUCAACCGCCAGCUCGUCUGGCACGCCUUCACAGAAUUCCUGCUCUUCCUCCUCCCCCUCGUCGGCAUCUCCCGCUGGCGCCGCAUCCUCGCGCGCUCAUGGCGCAAAGCCCGCGCCACCUUCCUCGCACUGCUAGGCCGCGCGCCCGCGCCCGGCGACACGGAUGAGGACGAGGCGAAGCCCGCCGGCGAGCUGGGCUUCCUUCCCGAACGCACUUGCGCGAUUUGCUACCGCGAUCAGAAUCCCACUACGCAGACGGAGCAGGACAUCCUGUCCGCCUCCGCAGGCGGCGGCGGCGUCGUCGGGUCUGCGGCAACGGACAUCACGAACCCGUACGAAGCAGUGCAGUGCGGGUGCGUGUACUGCUUCGCAUGCAUCGCACAGCGCAUCGCGAACGAGGAGGGCGAGGGGUGGACGUGUCUGCGCUGCGGGGAAACCAUCAAAGAAUGCCGGCCGUGGGACGGCGACGUGCUGGAAACGAACCGGCAAUCGCAAUCGCAAUCCAGCGGGGGCAAUGGCAAGAGUGUUGGGUUUGUGGCCGUGGGAGGAGCGGAGGAGAGUGGUCGGGAUGAGAAGGCGGGGCUUAGGGAGGUGGAUCCUAUGCCUGAGGAGGAAGAGGAGCGGGGUGAGGAAGAUUCGUUCGUUGAGGAGAGCAGAUCACGGAGUUUGGACUGGGGACAAGCGCUUGAUGAGAGUGCGGAGUGGGCACGGGCGAGUGAUGAGCAGAGUACGGAGCAGGAUAAUCAGAGUGAGGAGUACGACGAAGACGAGCAAGAAGAGGGCGAAGAGCUGGAUUAUGACCAAUGAAUGGAAAUGUUGACCAGAGCAUGUCAUACAGUCCUGCACGUGCCAUGUGAACUCCACUGUCAAUUAGCUCGUU